AUGAUAUUCACAUUUCCACAGAGAAAGCGUUCUUUCUGCCAUCUGGGUUUAGAGACUCAACUUAAAUAGAACGUUGGUGGUCAACUGUGGCUCUGGAAUCUUGCUGGUUGCUGCCAAUAUAUAAGUUGGCAUCUAUCAAUGGCUGUAUUGGGAAACAAUAGGGAAUCUUGUUUAACAUGGUUUAGAAGAUUGUUUGUCAUGUUCUCAAGUUACACGUACAUAAAUAUGCUACAGAAAGUUUAGCAUUUGACGUCAUAUCAGAGCAAGUAAUUUGUCAGCCAUGCUUGCCUCCUAUUGUUCCCGGUUCUGCACAUGCAACUAUAAGCAAAGCUGCUUCUGAAGAACAACGUUUGGUGCCACCUGAGCAGGGAUUUCAGGAACACUAUGGACGAUACACAAGAACUUAGGAAUCCUGGUGAUUUCGUGUCUGUUAUUAUUUGUGUCAAUUGAUUUUACUGUACAUUAUCCAUAGCCAGUGUUCAUAGGUUGAUGUCCAUAGAACUUUUGAGCCCAAACUUUGUACUGUUUGCGUAGGUUCUUAAAGUUGUAAUACAGUCGGUCAGUACUGCAGUACGCUCGCCAGCUUAUGGUUGUGGUCACACAAUUUUCUGGUUCAAGCUUGACGUCCGUGGCGAACUGACCUGCUACCAAAUGCGAUUUAAUUUGGUCGUUGGCGUGUUGACCAGAUACCAAAUGGAAUCAGACAUGGCACGAAUCACACAGAUCCCCCUGUGUUUGAGGCACUGGCUCACAAAUCACCAAGAAUCCAGGGGGCUUGUACGAAAGACGCCACAUUUGAAAAUGCGACCCCCGACGCGAUGAGAGUUGAACGACGACCAAAUCGCCUGUCGCGAAAAGUACACGACGAACGUACCAAAAAUUUCUUCGUCUUCCUCCUCCGUCCUCAGAUCCAGCACUAUUGCCAUUCAAGAGCCACCGAAACCUCUUCUGAACGGGAGUAAAUUGGGAAGAAAGCGCGGGAAGGCGGAGCAGAGGAUGAUGCUUCCCAGCGCCGAGUUGUCGGCGGCGUCCAGCGGCGGCGGCGCCAAUGGCCUGCCAACCUUGCCGGAUUUCAUGGGCAGGAAGAGCAAGUACAUGCGCAUGGACGACGUGCUCCCGCCGGAGCAGGAAGGGGACGACGGCGGCGGCGUCCGUGUCCGUGAGCGCCAGAGCAGCAGGAGAUACGUCUUCGCCUGCUCCGUCUUCGCCUCCCUCAACUCCGUGCUGCUCGGCUACGAUGUUGGUGUGAUGAGCGGUUGCAUUCUGUUCAUUCAGAGGGAUCUCCACAUCAACGAGGUGCAGCAAGAAGUCCUGGUCGGGUGCCUCAGCUUCAUCUCCCUCCUUGGCAGCCUCGCCGGCGGGAGGACGUCGGACGCCAUCGGCCGCAAGUGGACCAUCGGCCUCGCCGCCGUCGUCUUCCAGGCCGGCGCGGCCGUCAUGACGUUUGCUCCCUCCUUCCGCGUCCUCAUGAUCGGCCGGCUGCUGGCCGGCAUCGGCAUUGGGUUCGGCGUCAUGAUCGCGCCGGUGUACAUCGCCGAGAUAUCCCCCGCCGCAUCCAGGGGCUCGUUCACCUCCUUCCCGGAGAUGUUCAUCAACCUCGGAAUCCUUCUCGGGUACAUCUCCAACUACGCCUUCUCCGGCCUCCCCGACCACAUCAACUGGCGCGUCAUGCUCGCCGUCGGUAUCCUCCCGUCCGUGUCCAUCGCAUUAGCGCUACUCGUGAUCCCCGAGUCGCCGCGGUGGCUAGUCAUGCAGAACAGGGCCGACGAGGCGCGCGCCGUGCUGCUCAAGGUCACUGACAGCGAGGACGAAGCGAAAGAGAGGCUCGCCGAGAUCGAGGCUGCCGCCGCCGCCACGAACGCCGGCAAGUACGGCGACAAGACGGUGUGGCAGGAGCUGUCGAGGCCGUCGCCGGUGAUCGCCCGGAUGCUCGUCACCGGGCUGGGCAUCCAGUGCUUCCAGCAGAUCACCGGCAUCGACGCGCUGGUGUACUACAGCCCGACCAUAUUCCGGGACGCCGGGAUCACCACCGAGAGCCAGCUCCUAGCCGCCACGAUCGCCGUCGGGUUCUUCAAGACGGCGUUCAUCGCGCUCGCCAUCGUGCUCAUCGACCGCGUCGGCCGGAAACCGCUGCUCUACGUCAGCACGGCCGGCAUGACGGUGUGCCUGGCGGUCCUGUCCGCCGUGCUCUUCCUCCUCGCGCACGGGUGGGUGUCGAGAGGCGCCGGCAUCGCCGUCGCCAUCCUGACGGUGUGCGGCGACGUGGCGUUCUUCUCGGUGGGGAUCGGGCCCAUCUGCUGGGUGGUGAGCUCUGAGAUCUUCCCGCUGCGGCUGCGCGGACAGGCCGCGGCGCUCGGGGCCGCGGUGAACAGGGUGACCAGCGGCGCGGUGGCCAUGUCGUUCCUGUCCAUCUGCCGCGCCAUCUCCGUCGCCGGCGCGUUCUCCGCGUUCGCGGUCAUAUCCGCCCUCUCCGUGGUGUUCGUGCAUAAGUUUGUGCCCGAGACUAGCGGCAAGACGCUGGAGCAAAUCGAGUUGCUGUUUGGUGGCGGUGGCGACGGCGAGGGGCGGGGAGAGCUGGAGCUCGGCGACGUGGAGCAAUUGGUGCAGAAGGGAAAAGUGUGAUAGCUACACGCGACGAAUGGAGAAGUCCUCUGAUCGUUCAGCUCAGCACUACAACUGUUCGCUGUUUUCUAGCAGGGUAUAAACUGGAUUGCUGAUGCCAUGGUACAGACAUGCUGAAGGUGUAACUGAAACGCAGUGGUUCAGCUUCCAAGUGAUGGAAUUGCAGGACGCGGGCACAGACAUGCUAGAGGUGACACUGAUCGCUUGGAGGUGGUAGCAAGUGACGGAUUCAAACUCACUUCAUUUUUCCCUCAUGCAGAGAGCAAUGGUUGUUUUUCUCCUUGGUGAACACUGAACUAAUAGACACACAUUGACACAGUAUACGUCCAUAGUCAGUUCUGUGUACUAACACUCUUCGCAACUUACAAGUUACAACACAGUUUCUUCCCUCCUCUUUUGUAUGUCAGACGUUACAAUGAUUAUGACCUUACUGGAAACUAUAACAUGGGUUAAUUUCAAGAACUUCCAGAA